AUGCCUGCCCUUAAGCUUUCAAUUUGGCUCCUGGCUACAAGCACCCUGGCGUAUGGAAUUGAGCAACGUGAUUCCUGUUCUUCCGGGUCACACAUGAUUACGCAAGUCACACUUGGCAAAACCUAUGAAGUCUGCUGUCCAGGCACGGCCCAAAGCAUUGGUGAUAUUCAAUACUGCUGCGUAGGGGGCAAUGAGAAGCAAGAAAAAAGAGACGUCUGCUUUCCUUGGUGCUUUUCCACGGGGACAGCUCGACUUCGACAGAUUCGUGUGUCACUAAAGUCCCAGUCACCGCUGCCGACUUCUCAGAACCACAACAGCGACCGUGACCACCGCACCGACUACAACAGCGACUACAACCGCAUCCAGCGCUACUUCAACAGAUUCAAAGCCCUCCAGUAA